AUGGCAAGGGUGUCAUAUCUAGCUCAGAACACUACACACUGUGCCAUGUUUUCCGUUUCUGGAAUGUCGAAAUCUUUUUCGUCCUUUGUUGCUUCAAUAAGUUUUAAUCAUGCCUACAUUUACAGGAGAAAUGCAAACCGCUGUGAGAAAACGACAGGAGAAGGAAUGAAAAGGGUGUUUGAGUCGUUUUCAAGUGAAAGGUUCAAAGGUCUUGCUGGGUUGGUGUUUCAGCCUGGUACUUCCGAAGGCAUAGGCUCGAGUGCCAACACGAAUAAGAUUCUGAGGAUCCAAGAACCAAGGAAUGUCAAUUACAAAGUCGUGAUGAAGUCGUACGACAAAAACGAGUCUCUUUUACUCAAUCUGGUGAGAAACACUAAAUUGGAAGUGUACAUCGGUUCUUACUUGUCACAUGGGACAUGUGCUUGGGUUUUUGGAGAAAAGCACUUUUACUAUAAUGUAAACAACGACAUCAAAGUCUUUAAAUACCCAUCACUUGAAAUUAACAGAACAGUUGAUGGGCUUUAA